AACAGCAAACGGUCUGCUCUCCUCCCACUGGUGGCGCGCUGCUUCGGGCGAGUGCACUGCUGCCUUGGCUUCUUCAGGUGAGGGAGUGCAGGUUUUCGCUUAAGUUGAGCCAGAAGAUUCAGAGGCUUGGAAUCUGCUGGAAGAUGGUGAAAUUAGGGAGUAAUUUACAUGACAAAGACAGCAAGCCGGCGAGUGCGGAGGAUGGCUUUCAGAAUGUUCCUCUGAUUGCACCCUUGGAUGUAAACCAUCUGCAGUAUUCUGCUCCAGACAAGGUGGUCGUUAAAACAAGAACUGAAUAUCAGACUGAUCAGAAAAUCAAGGGAAAGCCAAAGGCCCCCAAAAUUGAGGAGUUUACCAUUAGCUUCAAUGAUGGUGUUUCAGAACGUCUUAAGGUGACCAUACUCAUCUUCCUGGCCCUGGCCUUCCUGGCCUGCAUAGUUUUCCUGGUCAUCUACAAAUCCUUCACUUAUGACCACAGCUGCCCAGAUGGAUUUGUGUACAAGCACAAGCGUUGCAUCCCAGCCUCCCUGGAAGCCUACUACUCUGCGCAGGACUCCAGCUCUCGAAGCCGCUUCUACACAGUCAUCAGUCACUACAGCAUGGCCAAGCAGACCACUUCUCGCUCUGUAUCCCCUUGGCUACCGGCGGGCUCGGUGGAUCACGAAGUCAGAGGUCCAAAUAAGGAGGCCCACUGAGGGCCAUGGCAGUACACGCAGAGGCUUGCUAAUUGUCUGCCAAAGUUUCUCAGUUCCUUGUCGUUGCUGUUUUGUAUUUGAGAUGAACGAGCGUUUGUACAAAGGCAUGAUCAGUGUUGGUGAAAUUGUUUUCCGUCUGCUGCUUCCACUGGCUUUCUGGUCAGAUGGCUGCUGUAUGUAAUGGCUCCGAUUUCUUUUGACAGCCAAAUCGGAGUCAUGCAGGCACAUUUCUUGUAAAUAUGCAGAAGGGAGCUCAUAUUUCAUCCUAUGCCAAGUAACAUACUUGUAAUGAAAUGAGGUGUGUUUUUGUUCCCUUGUGCUUGAUUUGUGUAGGGCUGCCAGCUGGCUGCAUGAAAGUGGGUCAUGGCGGUCCAGCAUGCCUCGUUGCUUGCUCAGUUCAUCUGUCACAAUGCAAAGUCCUGCAAUACUUCUGUCAGGAAAUGAGAGGUCGGUGUACCAUGUCACAAAGUUAGAAAGCUACUUGCACGUCAGUACCCACCUCUGCAGAUGGGGAAACACUCAACUGUCUCAGUUCAAACUGCCAUAGAAGCCAGUAGCCAUCGAGUGUUCAGUUCUCAGGAGAUGGGAGGGUGUUAAUCUUGCUCAGUUUCCACAGUGCCUGGAAGCUGGAAGCCACUCGCCAAUUAAGUGUCCUCGUCGCUGCAGGUAGAAGGAAGCUGACUGGCAGGCUUUUCCAUCAGUUUGGACAGCACUUUUGCCCCAUGCAGUUUAAAUCUUUGUUGGCAGCAAUACAAUCCAGGUGCCAUCUUCAAGGCACUAUGACAACUGAGCAGAAGUUAGCAACACCUGCAUAGUGUGGUGUCCUUAUGUGGCCAGCUGGCAGCCCCAUACUUGUAAAACUUUUUUAUUGCUCCAGAAAUAAACUCUUUUCUUUGUUUAACUGAAAGAAACCUAGCAGUGUGUUUGAGUUACAGUUGACAGCAUGACCCUCCUCAGUAAAGCCAAACUUAUGCAGCAAAGUUGGUGGACAGUGAAAUUUUACCAUAUAAUGUACCACGUCUUGUGGCACACAUCAUUCCAGCUCAGGACAUUGGCUUAGCUUGCUCCUUCCCAGCAGCCUCUAACAUAGUGUCACAUUAUGCUGGAUUUAGAUGAUUGUAACGUUCGCUUUGUCUGUUUCUCUAUUUUGAUAUGGCUGUAACUUUUGCUCUGGGCUGCCAGCUUGUGCAUGGAGGAGUAGAAAGAGAAGUGGGGACGAUCUGCUAACAUGGAGUGCAGGUCCUGGUCAUCCUGGAGAUGAAUGGCAGGGGGUGGCUGUUAAGUAUGCAGAAUAGAACAGUGACUAGCUGGUCAAAGAUCUUGUGGGACAAAAAAGAUGUGAAUGCUUCUCAACUUUGCAUCAUUUGUCUUCACUUUAUGUAAUCUGGCAAUUGCUUCGGAGCAGCAGUUACAGUGCAGUGCGUAGCACACCAGUGUGUGACAUGUAUCGCUGCCUACUCCUGGGCUCUCACAAAAGGUCCUUCACCUGCUGUCAUGUCUCUCUGCACAUUCUGACACCUCUGCUGCUUACUCUAGCAACUUUCUAAAUCCAAACAGAUCCACCUAUCUGCUCUACGUGUUACGUUUUCUCCUUGGCCUACUUCCUCUAGACCUUCCCCUGGCCUGGCUCUCCUUGCUUACACUAGACUCAGCUGACAGAUACUACUCUUCUCACUGUAGUCACUUACUUAUCUCUGUUGGUUAACUGUGGACCAUUGACUGCUCAUUAGUACCAACUCUACACCUUCUUCCAUCUCUAUCCACUCAAUACAUGACACUCAAUGAUGCAUGACUACCAAUACAAGACUCUCAUCUACUGCUGUGUGCUCUUUAUGAGCCCUCAUCUGCCAAACACCACCAUCUCCACACUCUAUCAUCUGAUUAUAGAGUUUGAUAAUUCUCUGUCCCUACACUCUGGAUUCUCAUGUCCCACUAUAAAGUUUCCUUUGGCUGUUUGUCCUGAUCCAAACCCCACUUUUCUUCAUUAUUACCAACUUUCUGCAUCUUUGCCUACUUCUACUGCUAAUCAUUUGUAAUUCUAGACUCUCUUCUGUACACUCAUUAUAAAGCCACCUCAAUUAUUCAGUAUCAACCCUAGCCCCUCUUCAGUCUCUGUCUCCCCCCAUUGGCAAUCUCAGUAUUAAAACGGACAGCUUUGGGUCCUCCCGAUCUCUGUCUAUUCACUAGACAUUCUUUUAUAACUCUGGACUCUCCUCGGUCUACUCAUUCUAAUCCCUUCACUGAAUAUUCAUUGUGAAUUCUCUUUAACUCAUCACUAAGUCUUUAGAACCUCCUCCACUUUCUAAUCGUGGAACCUCAUAUUUCUUGAUCCAUUCCCUGUAGACCCCAUCCACUCAUCAUCAUCAAUCGCUGUGCCAUCUUUUGGCUCCUUCUAUUGAUUCUACACUCCCUUGUAAGUCUAAACCCGUCUCACUGUAGAACAUCUACUCAUCGUUUGCAACCCUAGAUCCUCCUCUGUCUGCUCAUUAUAAAUCGCCUACUCAUCCGUAUAGACUCUUGUGUAUAAUCUACUGUGUUCGGCUCAACAUUGGCAUCUCUAGACCCUUCCCUACACUGCACACCCUCUUCUAAUCACACAACUCUAAUACAUCCUCUUCUCUCUUCUCUGUCUUCUCAUUAUGAACACUCUCCUAAUCAAAGCUACCAGCUCUGGGUUCUGUUUUGUUUCAGUCUACUCACUCUUGUUUGCUCAUUGCUUGCAGUUCCUGCCGUGCAUAGCAGGCACUCCUCUGUGCAGCUAUUCUAGAUCCUUCUCUUUUAUAACUACCCACCUUUGGCCUUGCUUGGUCUACUCUUUCUCGGCCCUCUUUCUGCCCAUCUCUACCUACUCUAGGCCCUCCGAUAUCUCUCUCUGUCCUUACUGUGUGCAGUCUGUUGAUCCUUACUACGAACUGUUCACUGUUCCUUUUCCCUUCACUUACUGUACAGUAUACCUUAUUCUUUGGAUAUUUACUGUAGACUACCCUCUACUUUGGUUUAGGUUCUAGAGACCUCCCUAACAUUCACUCUAGAAGGGUCUUACUUGUUCAGCCUUUCUCAUUAAGUGGUGCUUACACUUAGUUUUUGUAGGAUCCCAAUGUCUGAGAGGUGUUCACUGUAAUCAGUAUCUUUGAUGUUCGUGGGUAUUAUCCGUGUUUACUACGAUUCUCCAUGUACCCAAUUCUCUUGUCAAACACACACACAUUUUUGAUGUUUUUUUUUUUUUUUGCUGUGUAUGAAAUAUUAAUUGUAAGAAACAUAUCUUUAUAAAGCCUGUUUAAUAAGAGGGCAGUCACAUGUGUGUAUCUAAACCUUCCUACAUAGACGCCAAGGGUGUGAUUGGCAGUGUAUUAAUUGCUCUAAUGUUGAGAAACUGAAAAUACUAUAUGAGCGAGUACUCUUCAAGCUUUUGUGUCUAAUAUUUACCCUUUUUUGACGGAUGGUACAUUCCCCUUCUAAUUAAAAACCACAGUCCAGUUCCCGGUGUCCCAUGUGCCUUCCUGACGUGAGUGGAGUGACCUCAGCAGACAGCAGUGAGCUCAGACUGGUGCCACUGCUGCACUUCAGAAAUUAGCAUGUAAGUUUCUCAUGUGGCAUGAGCUCACCUUGAGUCCUGCAAGGUGAUGAAUGAAAAUCAUUUGAGCAACUGUCAUGUCUGAUGAGGCUGCAUUCAAAAGAGGCCUGGGAGACAAUUUCUGCAAUGUUCAAACAUGUCGUUUACACAGCAUCUUCGAAGGUUUGCACCGAGUCCCUGAGGCGUCGCAGACUCAUUAUGCAGAGACAACGCACAGCUCCAGCAGGAGAAGUGAACAUGAGUUGCCAAUGCAAUAACAAGAAAAGAUUAAAAUUAGAAAGAAAAAAAAAGAAAACAAACACACAAGUUUCCAAAUGGAUGUGCCUGCAAGUAAAUUAGGUGGAAAAAUCAUGCAGCUUACAUCAGAACUUUGGUGAAGAGUCCCAACCAACCUGAAGGGCAGGGGUGAAAAAUGCAAUGUGAACACCUGAAGAGAGUGUGCAUGUCCACUAGAAGGAUAUGUGGAUUAAUAACAUCUGGAAGAUGAAAUACAAUUGGUGAGAUUUUCAUUUAUAAAAUGGCAAAUGCUGAUUUCUGACCACCCAUGUCUGAACAGAGGCUUUUUUCUAGUGUUUGCCUGAUUAGUUUUGUUUUAGUGGAGAUGCAGGUGGUCUCCAUACUUGGAGACACUGAGGUGUGUGUGUGUGGUGUGAUUGCAUGUCACGGUGCCAGUGAACGCACCUGUAAGUGUAACACACAUGCAUACAAGUGUGGGAUGCACGUGUCCGAGUGUGCUGACAGUGUGAGUGGGUGUGAGUGGGUGGGUGUAAAUUCCUGUUUGUUGAGUAGGUAUGUGUGUAGACAACUGCACACCGAGGAUUAGUGAACGUGUAUGCAUGUUCUCAAGGCUUUUUGGGUAUGUGUCUUGUAAAAGACGCCCGGACACAGACAGACAAUGAGACAGCCAGAUGUCCACAACACACUUUUUUUCUUCAACACACAGCCGCAAUGAACUCACAAGGCUCAGUCCUUUUUUACUUCUCUUCUCCUUUACUUCACGGCCACCUCCACUACUCUCUCGCAAGCUCUGUCCUCUUCCACCCAACUCCUGCUCCCUGAAUGGAGUGAGGUGGCCCCUUUUACAAUGCACCCACAUGUGCUCCCUGAUGGCCUUCCUGCAGCAUUUCCUGGUGUGGUGGAAGUGCGGCAGUCCAAGGCUCCAUAGUCCUUCAGGUACCCCCUGGUGGUGGUCACGGAUACCCACAGGGUUGAUCUUUCCAGCUCUGAGGUUUCCAGAUCAUCCAGGAUGGCCACCCUCUUGUGACCUGGGGAAGGAUUUGCCACUCUCUCUCUCUCUCUCCCCUGCUUCUCCAGGCCUCCCGGUGGGGCGAGGUCCUCAGCCAUCCAUCACAGUGUUUAUAUGCAUAUGUACAGGAAUGCGUAUAAAUGUGUUCUAUGCAUUUAUAUGGGGUUUUUUUUGCAAAUGUUUAGUUGUGUAUAUUUGUGGGUGGCUAUAGUAUACUUGGGUUUGUAUGUCUGCGUAAUGUGUGUGUACAAAGUUUAAAAGUAUGUGUGAAUCUGAACCCAUUUGUGUGUGUGUGUGUGUGUGCUCCAUAGCAGUGGAUGUGACAUGUAGGUGACAUGUAGGUACAGGCAUGUCAGUGUGGGAGUAUGUGUAUGACUGUGUGUGACUGACGAGUGUGUGUUGCUCUAACACGUUUAUGCAUUUUGUACACACGCUCACUUUCUCAUUUGAUAUUCUUCUGCCAAAAAUACCACAGUGGGAAAACCUUCUGGGAGAAAGAAUCUGCAUAAAAAUGUGAAAGAUAGCAUACAAACAAGGGAGACAAAAUUACUGCAAAUGAAAUUGCAGCCAACCUUCUUCAUCUUCUUCUGCACAAAUCUCAGGAUAGCUUUUAUCUGGUGACCAGGAACAUCCGACGCCAAAGGCUGAAGGGCAGCAAAUCCUUUGAAGGUCACAGCAGAGAGAGAAUGAGAAAACAUUCCGGCAUCCUGCUCCUUCAUUAACGUUUGUGUCAAACGUCGUUUCUAGCACUUCAUUUAAAAAAGUACAUGUGGUGCUGAAUGGUCUCUGGUACAUUGAUUACGGUGACCUAACCUAAGAUAUCGAUACGGAGAAGACUGACUUCCAGGUGCACUGAUCUGACAGGGAGACCCUCUACACUGCAACCUUCCCUGAUCAGCUCGGCCCUCAACCUCUUCACAAUAAAGGCACAGAGUCCUGCAGUUCUGAAUGUGCGUCUCUCUUUCCUCCAACUGGCUUGACUACAAUGCAUGUCUGCCCGUCUCUGACACCGUGCCAUGGCCAAUGUGGCCCAUUGUGUCCCCUCUGCAGCUGGCUUAUGUUUGGUGUGUAGUUUCUUAUGAAUCCUCACAGCUCUCACAAGAAUCUGCCUUCACAGACGAGGCUGGCUCCUGGGGAUUUGAAUGAGCUGACCUUCCAUCUGUCGUAUAAGAUCAUGGACUCUUAGCUGCUUCCUCACAACUACAUCCAAGUCUGCAGGACUGCUGAACGAUGUCCAUUUUAAUUGUUGCUGGAUGCAGUCAAUUCUGUUGUAUUGUUGUUUUGUAAUAAUAUUGUAUGGGAUAUUGGAUGUUGUGUGUUUGUUUUUCCCUUUUUCAUUCAUUAUUAUAUUGCUUAAAGAAUUCCAAUGUUCCUGAGAUAUAUGUCUAAUAAAUCAACUUGUCUGAA